AUGGCAUACUCCUACGACCCUCGAAGCUACUCGACACGCCGCCAAGAUGCUCGCAUGAGUCGCUCCCAGAGCGUUGAUCCACAUCCAAGACCUGGCCGAUAUUCCUACGACCCUCACUAUUAUCCCUCCAUCCGUACCAGCGCGCCGUCCUCACCUACACAUUACCCUCGACCUGAAGCCCCAACGACGAGACGAUGGCCGCCUUCACCGAGCGUCGAAGACGAAGCAGACUCCCUUGCCAGAGAGCUCGGGGGCACAACGUUUGACUCAAAUGGCGGUGAGGCGUGCAUGCGUGGAGCUGUGGACCAAGAGCCACUUUUGCUUGAAGUGGAGCAGCCGCAGAACACCAACGCAGAGAAUCGGUUUGUGCUCGUAGCCAAUGACAGGCGGCAGGAUACACCUGAGAGCGAUGCAGUGCGACGAAGCAGGAGGGCAUCUGAUAAGCCGGUUCCGCCGCCAAUCAGGACAGACCUCGAGGAAACACCAGUUUUCACUCGGCGGGAGCCCUCUCCGUAUGCGUAUAGCAGGUCUACAAAGUCAGAGCGAAACCAAUCGUCUAGCGAGUCCUUCCUGUCACCGGACCCAGUCGCUCCGACCAGCGCUAGACUGUCCGUACCCACGGAUCAGCAUCAGCCUCCGGAGACAAGCAGAAGGACCGCAAUACUAUCAGCACCUCAACCGAGCAAGGAGGGCAAAACAAACAAAUGGGGCUACGACUCCAAAACCUCGGAUGAAUCCGAUCUGGAUCAGUCGGAGAUUGCAAAUCUUCGGUCAAGGCGACAGCCAGCCCGGUACUCUUUUACCAAAGUAGACUUGCAGAAGCCAAACUUGCGAACCAGUCUUCACGACGCUGCAGAGACGUACGAUCGACCGCCCCCAGCUUCCUCCAGUCCUCGUCACAGUGCGCCAUCAUCAUCGAAGCAAAGCUCUGCGUCGUCGACAUCUACAUCGCACGCACCAUCGCCGAGAACAACACCCGUGAGCAGAACUACUCCGGGAGAGAGCAUAUCUGGCAUCUCAGGCAGGCGUUAUCCAUCCCGACCCUCGUCUCCUGUUUACCUUGAGAGCGCUUACACUGCCUCACCACCACGCUCACCAAGACUUGAUGCCAGGAGGGAUGAUUACACUCCUGUCGCCGAGCCAGGUUCAAGACCAGGUUCGCGGAAAAGUUCGAGACCCUCCUCUCCCGUUUCUUGGGCUAGUGGUUCCCAGGCGUAUAUCGCCUCAAACCUCGACCUCAACUCGCCGGAUCGACAGUCCACUUAUCCCCUAGCUUCUAAAAGCCGUCCAAAGCCUCCAUCUCGGCUGAGCUCACUCGUGCCACAGGAGUCAACGUUAGCGCCGAGCAGCCCGCGAGAUGACAGCUAUUCUUCCUCAUCAGCUCGACCGGCAAAGGCGCUACCUUAUCCGGAAGACCACCAGCCGCAACUAAUGCCGUCGGAAGAGCGCUUCCAGCAUCAGCCGAGCAGUCCUCGAACAUCGAUAGAUGGUGGUCGGAAGCACUUUAGAACACCGUCCGGCGGCAGUGCACUUAGUCCGCUAACUCCGCUUGUGUCACGUAUGCGCGAAGGCUCUUCUUCACGGCCAACCUUGGCCUCGCGACACACUGUCGGCGAGACUGUUCCUCAGCUCGCGUCGGAAUCAACACGUCUGCCAACGCGCAACAGCCUGCGUCGCGAUAGCUCGCAGCUGUCCUCUGCCCUUUCUGUAACCAGACCUUUACCCGCAUGUCACAGGUCUGAGGCUUCCUCCAAGUACGACGACUGGUACGUGCUCGACGGAUGCCCCGGCUUCCACGUCUGCCCCGACUGCCUAGACCUAAUCAUCGGACGGACCCCCUACCAACGUUACUUCAAGCGCGCCCGCCGCCGCAGCCUCGGCGCGCGCACAAAAUGCGACUUCAGCUCCCCUUGGAUCCGCCUCGCCUGGCUCAUGUCCCUUAAACAGCAGCGCCAAAGCCUCGAUCUCCUCUACUCAAUCGCCUCAAUCGUCACCUCCGACCUCGCCUGCCCCGGCGACUCCCAAACCAGCGGGCUAUGGUACAGCCUCCUGGACUCCUACGGCGACCCGAUUCCCGACCUCUACAUCUGCGCGCGCGACAUCAAGAGUCUCGAGGCGCUGUUCCCCUCCUUCCGCGGCAGCUUCGCCGCCAUCUACCAGCGCGACCCCCGCAUUAAGCACCUCUGCUCUCUCCGCGCCCCCAGCCGCACCUUUGCGCCGUAUCUCGACUGCCUUGCCGAGAUCGACGAGCGCGCGCUGCGCAAAGGCCAGCCGCCGGACACGCGUCGCUUGGCGCAGAUGGUGCGCGAGAACGCGACACGACACGCGUGUCCGCGGGACAAUCUGGUCCUGAACCAGGCGUUCUACAUGGUGCCCGCGCUGCCGGAGUUCACGGUCUGCGAGGAAUGCUACGACGAGGUGGUGUUUCCGGCGCUGGUGGCGGGGUCGGCGGUCGCGGGACAGUUCGCGACGGAGAUGAGGGUCUUGCCGGGGCAGCAGAGCUGUCAGCUUUAUUCGCCGCGCAUGAGGAGGGUGUGGCAACGCGCGGUCGAGGAUGCGGAUCUGAUCUAUCUGGCAAAGAAGGCAAGGGAGAGGAAGAGGAUUGAGGUGGAGUUGCAGGCGCAGCACAAGGCGCUGUUGGAGCUCAUGGGUAAGAGGGAUAGUGGGGUCGCUUAUGCGGGGGCUUAUGCCGGCGGGAUGGGUGGUGAGCCAAGGGUGAGCGAGGAAUUGGAGAAGAUUAGGAGGGCUUGGAAGGACUGGGAGUAA